GGCUUGGGGGCGGGACCUCGCGGACUGCUGUGGCGGCAGCUGGAGCGGCGGCCGCGGUGGCAGAACCGGGGGCGGCCGCUGCAGUCUGGAGCCCCAUAGUGCGGGGCCGCGGCCAGACCACAGGAAGAGCUCGAGGACCGGGCCGCACCGGCUGAGUGUGCGGGCCCGCGCGGCUCGGAGCCGCCGCCGCCGCCCAUCGAGCCCCUCCGGGCGCGGGUCGGCCCGCCAUGGGGUCCCUGUUCCGGAGCGAGACCAUGUGCCUGGCGCAGCUCUUCCUGCAGUCGGGCACGGCCUACGAGUGCCUCAGCGCCCUGGGCGAGAAAGGCCUGGUCCAGUUCCGAGACCUCAACCAGAACGUAAGUUCUUUCCAAAGAAAAUUUGUUGGUGAGGUGAAGAGGUGUGAAGAGCUAGAGCGAAUAUUGGUGUAUUUGGUACAGGAAAUUAAUAGAGCUGAUAUUCCCCUUCCUGAAGGAGAGGCCAGCCCUCCUGCGCCACCCCUGAAACAGGUUCUAGAAAUGCAGGUGGUGGUGAACAGAGGCAACAAGAAUCAAGCCAUCAAGCCUGAUUGAUGGAUCAGAACAGUUCAUGAUCCUGUACUGUUUCAGAAAGCUCAUCCCAGGGUCACCCAUGCCUUAGCUGCCUCUUCUUGUGCAAGGAAUUGAGGCUUCGGUGGUGUGCCUUCACAGUCCUCCCACAUUUACCCUGGCCCUUCCCCUCUAAAUUUUGGAAGCUGGUAUGCAGUCCAUGGGUUGUCUCGGGUGGGCAGCAAGCAGCGUUCUGUCACCCUGAGUUCCCUGGCUGGUGUGCUGGGGAUACAUCUGUCUCCGGAGCAGUUGCAGAAGCUCGAGGUUGAACUGAGAGAAGUCACUAAGAACAAGGAGAAACUGAGGAAAAACUUGCUGGAACUGAUAGAGUACACUCACAUGCUGAGAGUGACAAAGACCUUUGUGAAACGCAACGUUGAGUUUGAACCCACUUAUGAAGAAUUCCCUUCCUUAGAGAGCGAUUCUUUGUUGGAUUACAGCUGUAUGCAGAGACUGGGAGCAAAACUGGGAUUUGUGUCUGGCCUAAUUAACCAAGGAAAAGUGGAAGCAUUUGAAAAAAUGUUGUGGAGAGUCUGCAAAGGGUACACCAUCGUGUCCUAUGCAGAACUGGAUGAAUCCCUUGAAGACCCUGAAACAGGGGAAGUCAUAAAAUGGUAUGUCUUUUUAAUAUCCUUUUGGGGAGAGCAGAUUGGCCACAAGGUUAAGAAGAUAUGUGAUUGCUACCACUGCCACGUGUACCCCUAUCCAAACACAGCCGAGGAGCGGAGGGAGAUCCAGGAGGGGCUGAACACCCGCAUCCAAGAUCUCUACACUGUACUGCACAAAACCGAGGACUAUUUGAGGCAAGUGCUAUGUAAAGCCGCCGAGUCUGUCUACAGCCGUGUGAUCCAGGUGAAGAAAAUGAAGGCCAUCUAUCACAUGCUGAACAUGUGCAGCUUUGACGUGACCAACAAGUGCCUCAUUGCUGAGGUCUGGUGUCCCGAGGCGGAUCUGCAGGACCUGCGCCGGGCACUGGAGGAGGGCUCGAGAGAGAGUGGUGCUACAAUCCCCUCAUUCAUGAAUAUAAUCCCCACAAAAGAAACACCCCCCACUCGGAUCCGCACCAACAAAUUCACCGAGGGAUUUCAGAACAUCGUGGAUGCUUAUGGAGUCGGAAGCUACAGAGAAGUCAAUCCAGCUCUCUUUACCAUCAUCACCUUCCCGUUUUUAUUUGCUGUGAUGUUUGGAGACUUCGGACAUGGCUUUGUGAUGUUUUUAUUUGCCCUCUUGUUGGUGUUAAAUGAAAAUCAUCCCAGACUAAAUCAGUCACAAGAGAUCAUGAGGAUGUUUUUUAAUGGCCGGUACAUCCUCCUGCUGAUGGGGCUGUUCUCAGUGUACACUGGCCUCAUCUACAACGACUGCUUUUCAAAGUCAGUCAACCUGUUCGGCUCCGGGUGGAACGUGUCGGCCAUGUACAGCUCCAGCCACCCACCCGCAGAGCAUAAGAAGAUGGUGCUUUGGAACGACAGCGUCGUCAGGCACAACAGCAUUUUGCAGCUGGAUCCAAGCAUUCCUGGAGUGUUCCGAGGCCCUUAUCCCCUUGGCAUUGAUCCUAUUUGGAACUUGGCCACAAAUCGCCUCACUUUUCUAAACUCUUUCAAAAUGAAAAUGUCCGUGAUUUUAGGAAUCAUUCACAUGACUUUUGGAGUCAUUCUGGGAAUAUUUAACCACUUGCACUUCAGGAAGAAGUUCAACAUUUACCUGGUUUCCAUCCCGGAACUUCUCUUCAUGCUCUGUAUCUUUGGAUACCUUAUAUUUAUGAUUUUCUACAAGUGGCUGGUUUUUUCAGCAGAAACCUCCAGAGUUGCUCCCAGCAUUCUGAUUGAAUUUAUUAACAUGUUUUUAUUCCCAGCCAGUAAAACAAGUGGCCUUUACACAGGGCAGGAGUAUGUCCAGAGAGUGCUGCUGGUUGUCACAGCAUUGUCUGUCCCCGUCCUCUUCUUGGGAAAGCCACUGUUUUUGUUGUGGCUUCACAAUGGGCGUAGUUGCUUCGGGGUGAACCGGAGUGGCUACACACUUAUAAGGAAAGAUAGUGAGGAAGAAGUUUCAUUGCUGGGAAGCCAAGAUGUAGAAGAGGGAAAUCACCAGGUGGAAGAUGGAUGUAGAGAAAUGGCGUGUGAAGAGUUUAAUUUUGGAGAAAUAUUAAUGACCCAAGUAAUCCAUUCCAUCGAGUACUGUCUGGGAUGCAUCUCCAACACCGCCUCCUACCUGAGGCUCUGGGCGCUUAGCCUGGCUCACGCACAGUUGUCUGAUGUCCUGUGGGCCAUGCUGAUGCGCGUGGGCCUCCGCGUUGACACCACCUAUGGCGUCUUGCUACUGCUCCCGGUUAUCGCGCUCUUUGCAGUUUUGACCAUUUUCAUCCUUCUGAUCAUGGAAGGGCUUUCUGCGUUUCUUCACGCCAUACGCCUCCACUGGGUAGAAUUUCAGAACAAAUUCUACGUUGGUGCAGGCACCAAAUUUGUUCCUUUCUCAUUCAGUCUACUUUCAUCAAAGUUCAAUAACGACGACAGUGUGGCAUGAUCAUAUUGCUGUAACCAACAAGCUUUCAGAUUUAUGGAGAAUGACCAUGUUAUAGACUUUCACUUAUGUCAGAUUUAUGAUAGGAAAAAUUCCAUCUUCAUUACUGCCUUAUGACAUAGCAAAUAAUUCUGUAAGAUAUACCUCUUCCUCAUAUGUUAAAUAUUUUGUAAAGUUUACCAAUUUGAGAUAUAAAAAUUUCUUUUGGUUUUUUAUGAUGAGCAAAUAUAAGUUAAUGCCAAA